GAGGACGUCGCUCUCGACUUCACACGCUUUCUGGACUUUGCGGGCCUAGAUUUUGAUUUGGACCUCUUCACCGGCCAGGACUUUACCGUGACGCCUCAAAGAGACCCGGGCAAUACCGAAAGGCAUUUCAUGGUUCCCGAUGGUGCAGCUGGAGAUGAUGAUUUCCACGAACUCAAGCCGCUACAGCUCCCCUGGCGUGUUAAUGAGCAGCAGCGCAUCGAAUACGUUGAGCAGGUUUUGCCCUUCGAGGCUGUGCUCGGGGAAUUCACUGUCCCUUCUCGCCUCUCCAUCUCCCGCUACGUGGCCGGCUUUGUUGAUGGCUUCAGCCACCACUUCCCCGUCAUUCACAUGCCCACAUUCAGCAUCACCGCCGUACCGAACGCCCCCGAACUCGUCCUCGCCAUCCUUGCUGUCGGCGCCCAGUAUCGUUACGAAACAAAGGCCGGGAUAGCCCUCUACGCCGCAUCUCGUGCGAUUAUAAAAUGCCGCAUUCAACGCAACGAGCUCCCAGACUUUCAUACAGUGCCGUUCUUCCACUUUUCACACCCGCACACUCUCCCGCCCGAUCUUCCGGGCACGACCCGUACAAUCCUCCUCCUUUCCACAUUCUCCGCCUUGCAAUCAGACUCAACCCUCCUGCAAGAGUCGCUCUCCUACCGAGCCCUCCUCGCCUAUUGUGUGCGACAAGUCGGUCUUUCCGAACUAGCAGAAGAAGGAACUGCAGCAGUGUACCCCCAAAAUUGGCAAUCCUGGGCCAAAGCCGAAACACACCGCCGAACUGCACUCUUUGCCUUCUGCUUCCUCAAUUUGCAAGAGGCCGCCUUUGGUAUCCCUCCUGUACUGCACGUACGCGAGCUAGUCUUGUUGCACUUGCCCAGCUCCUGCAGCGAGUGGCUUACAGACAGCGAGGCAGCCUGGCUCUCCGCGCGGCGAAAGGAUACUCUUGUGGAUGUUAGUUUUGGGCACGCGCUCAAGUGUGUCCUAAAAGAAGGGCCUGCAGAUGAGGCGGUGCCGGUGCUUUCGCCUUCCGGAAACUACAUCCUCGUGCACGCGCUGCUGCAGCGGAUUGCACUCGCGAGGCAGCUUGCCCUAAGCAGUGGCGAGAUGCAAGGGCACCAGGAGCAGCUCCGCCGCGCGGACGUGGAGGAGCUGGAAGCGGCUUUCGACCGCUGGCGACAGGAAUGGCGGCGCGCGCCCGAGUCAGUCCUCUCCGUGCUACAGACAAGGGACUCGCUUGCCUUCACUGCUACCGCACUUUACGGGCUCGCACAUAUACGUCUUCACUUCCCAUAUCUCGCAGACGCGCACUUCCAGACUUGUGAUGCCGAGGUCGUGGCAAAGAAAAUAUGGGAAGCGCCUCCGCCACGACGAGGCCCGCAUCUCCUGCGCACAUUACUGCAUACUGUGCACGCGCUUAAUGUGCCUGUGCAGCUGGGUGUGGCGUAUCUGGCGCGGAGCCAGGCACUGCUCUGGAGCGUGCAGCACGCGGUAGCCGGAUUUGAGUGUGCGGUGUUUUUGAGCAAAUGGCUCUGCGCUCUGGCCGAAGACGCGGAGUCACAUGUUAUAUCUAUAGGUCUUGAGCGAGAGAUUACGGGAUGGGUAAAGCGAGUGGUUCGGGAAGCGAGUGAGAUCGAGCUGGUAGAGUCCGCUCAGCUCUCUUCGCAACGGCAUCAGUUGAUCAUUCUUGCGGUUGCGGUGGUUAGGCUGUGGGCGAGCAUUUUCAGUGCUUCGAAUGCUGCGUGGCCGUUUGUGAGGCUUGUAGGGGAGGGGUUGGAGCGAUAUGCUGAACUGCUUGAGGAGAAAUAUAGUGUUACAAUGUCAGUUUAGACUUAUGGUCUGUAGGUACGGAUGGUUGGUUUAGCGGUGUCUGGCCUCUUUGAUCAAGAGCGUCGAGUGAACUGAAGGCUGGUGUUUCUGGUGAGUCAAC